CCUUGGGUCUGGCAACACUGCCAGAUGACAGGCAAAAAGAACGACGAAGAAAGACGAAAAUAUUCGCUUGGUUGACGUUUGCGUUUGGGUCGUUUUUGGCACCAAUCGGAAAAGUGUUUGCAUCCCCAUCCGCGACCAAGAAACCUUUGUAGCUGGCUGCGAAAACCGUUGUAUCUGCAUUGGCACGCGCCACCGGGAAGCCCUCCGCCGUGUUUGGUGUAAUCGAGCAGUUGAGUUCCGCCGUCCAAGCGCUUUCCGAGGGUGUGCGCCGAUUCGCUGUCGGUGGCCGUCGCACAGUUGGAAUGUCGGAGGAGCGCCCUGCUACCACUGCGUCUCCUUCCCCACCACAUCACGCACCAAUGCUGCAGUGCCUCGGUGGGGCUUUCGAUGUGGACCCUGAUCCAACGACAAGCCUGCUGACCGCGGCUGCCUCCGCAGCUGUUACAGCCGCUUCGUCCACCGUUCCGGCCGCCGCAUCCGCCAUCGCAGGUGCAUCCGUUGCGCUGACGGAGCCCGCGUCCGAUCCAACCAUCACGCCACUCGGCCCAUCACCGCCGGGCUCCAUCGUGAACGGUGGUGCCGGACCCGAUUCGGCCUCGGCAUUGCCCGACUUUCUGCAGUACGAUGAUACGGAAGACGACGAGGGAGAAGAGUCGAUAAGCAUCGAGCGAAUACGCCAGUAUCUGUCAGACAAGCUCGGGUUUUACACGGCCGAUCGAUUAGACGAUAAGGAUGGGGCUGGCGGUGGCGCUAGCCGGAGGGUGCUGGAAACGGUCGACAUCGACGGUGUGCUGAAGCAUUGGAAAAACGGAGGCUUUAAAAAGAUCGUCACCAUGGUCGGUGCUGGUAUAUCAACCUCUGCUGGCAUACCGGACUUUCGGUCGCCGGAUACGGGCCUGUACAACAACUUGAUGAAGUACAAUCUGCCGUACCCGCAGGCCAUCUUCGAGCUGGAGUAUCUGUACCAGAAUCCGAAACCGUUCUUUACGCUGGCGAAGGAGCUGUACCCGGGCACAUUCAAACCGACACCGUCACACUACUUCGUGCGGUUGCUUGAGCAGAAAGGUUUGCUCGUGCGCCACUACACGCAAAACAUCGACACGCUGGAACGCAUCGCUGGCAUUAGCGAGGAAAAGAUCGUCGAAGCGCACGGAACGUUCUACACAAACCACUGUCUCCAGUGCAAGACGGCCUACAGCUUGGAGUUCGUGAAGGAAAUUAUCUUCACGGAUGAAGUGCCGACCUGCCCGUGCGGUGGUGUCAUUAAACCCGACAUCGUGUUCUUCGGCGAAGGUUUGCCGGAGCGGUUUCACAUGCUACCGCACCAGGACUUUGCCGAGUGCGACCUGCUGAUCAUUAUGGGAACGUCGCUGACGGUGCAACCGUUCGCUUCCCUGGUCGAGUACGCGAACGACUCCUGUGUCCGGCUGUUGAUAAACCGGGACAAGGUCGGUUGCAGCAACAUCGGUUUCCUGCGCUCCAUGAUGUUCGGCGAGGGGCUGUGUUUCGAUCUGCCCGGCAAUCGGCGAGACGUUGCCUGGACGGGUAAUUGUGACGACGGGUGUUUCUUCCUGGCCGAUCAGCUUGGUUGGGGUGAUGAAUUGCGCAAGCUGAUCGAAACGGAGCAUGCAAAGAUAAAACCGAUUCGACCCCUUCCAGUGAACCCUGCUGUAGCGCCUUCGGUUGAAGGAACGGACGCGGUCGUAGAUAUGGAACCGACCCCGAUCACGGACAUACAGCAGCACCACCAUCAUCAUCAGCAACAGCACCACCACCACCACCACCACCAACCACACUCGAUCCUAACCGAUGAUCACUGUCUGGUGGACGAAAGUGAAUGUCUGCUGCCAGAGGACGAACACUUUAACGAUGUUGCCGACGGUCUUUCCACGCAGGGUGGCGCUGUGGGCGGCGCUGGUGUAGAGGAAAGUGUCCAAGCAAUGGCCACCGAUUCGCAUCACGACCAUGAACACCACCAUCAUCAUCAGCAUCAUGCUUCGGAAGUGAAUAAUCUUCAUCAUCAUCAUCAUCAUCAACAUCCGCAUGAUCCACAGCAGCAGCAGCAGCAGCAGCAGCACGAAAAGAUGGACGAACAUCAUGACGAUGAGGUGGUGGUGGAGCAGCAUCCGAAGACGACCCUAUCGCUGGAAGACAAAACUUAAGCCUCCACAACAAAACCAAACCAAGCGAUGCGUAGGAACGCGACCACAUUUUACCAGCGGAAGCACGUGUAACGGUAAAAAGGCAACACACAUAACACAAAUCCCUCUUUCACUAAUUCCAAUUCCGAUUUAUAUAAUAGUUAAGUUAAACGAAACCGAAAUCACACUUACCUUUGGCUGCAUCCCCCCUCUAGAGCGCUCCCUUACACCAUACACCCUUCAAUGACGCUUUAUCGUGGCGGUCGGGCAACUGGGGCUUGCCAUUACCCACAGCCCGGUCCAGCCAGGAUUUUUGAACUCAUCAGGCAACAUACGCACACACCAACACUCUCAUAUAUAUGGAAACAUUUACAUGCCUUCCCAAUAAUAUCUACUUCAAAGCGUGUAUAGUACUUUGUUCUUCUACCAAGACCUUUCCUUCUAUUCUGAUUAUAAAAAAGAAAGCCGGAACAGUUUGUUCGUAAAAUAGAACCGUUAAAAUGAAAUGGGGCAAAGAGGUGAACAGAGGAGCUAUAUUUAAAAGAUUUUAGACAACAAUCUGUUCAUCGUGUUACUACCGGUAGGGGGUUUUAUGUUUAUAUUACUUUUCCCCUGCCCGAGAUUCCGAGCGACACCGCAGAUCUCUAGGGAAUGUUCGAUAGGUAUAUGUAUAGAGUAAGAGUGACAAACAGAACCGGAACUUGGAACGAAGGUAGAUCCGAUACCGAUAUGUUUUUCUUUUCUCCUAACAUCGUGAUGGUUCGAUA